AGAGAGAGAGAGAGAGAGAAAUAUCGGUGAAAAACCGGAUGAUCCGAUUGAAUUUUAUCACUGCGAUAUCCACGAAUUAGUCUUUGAUAUCCUUUGGAUGGACGUGGAAAGAAAACUCAAUGUUGAAAAGAAAAUGAACGAGCUAAAGGGUAGAGGUGAGGGAUUAACGCACAUCGGAGAUUUCGAUAACUAUUAUCAAACGCCUAUACGAUAUAAACGAUUGGCGAUAAGGUAGCGCGAUUCUGAGCGCGUGUUUGUCGUCAUCAUCAAACGAAGUUCUCUCUCUCUCUCUCUCUCUCUCUCUCUCUCUCUCUCUCUCUUCUUUCUUCUGACCGGAUUCAAAGUGUCAGUAGGUAUUACGAUCUCGAGGAGAAUCGCGCUAUACGAGUGAUAAGAACAAAUAAAAGGAUAAGAGUGAAAAAGGCAAAGGAAAAUCCAAACGUUAUCAUUUUGCUAUAUCAUUUGGAAAGUACGAUAAUCGAUAUCGACAUUACGAAUCAUCAAUCAAGUUCAAGUUGGAGGAACACAGCGCGAAGACGUGAAGGUCGAAGGAGAUCGACGAAGGAGAAAGAAGAGAGAAUAAACGAAGAUAACGAUAAUGCGAUUAUGUGUAAUUCGUAUAAUUGCGCAUCUUUUUGUUACGACGAAUCGUCCAAUUGUUUGUUGUUGAAGAAAAAAUCGUAUUGCAUGUACACGAUCAUAUGCAUAUGAAAAAGAUCGUAUUCGUGUAGGGUAAAGAUUUUUUUACAAUUUGUCAUUUAGUGAAAGUAUUGUCGAAAUCGUUGGAAUUCCGUUUGAAGAACUUUUAGGUGAGAUAGCUGAGUUUAUUGGUGCGAUAGAUGAUCAAACAUAUCAGCCGAUAAUACAGAACCCACAGCUCAGUAUACUCUUUCUCGGUGCGCGAGAAUGAUCGUUAAAGUAUCACGAUUUCGAUCUUGGUUAAUCGUAAAUCAGGAUGCGCUCGCUCGCAAUCGUGCGUUCGUCGUCGCCGUCGCCAACGCCGCCGUCGUCGUCGUCGUCGUCGUCGUCGUCGUCGUCGUCGUCGUCGUCGUCGUCGUCGUCGCCGUCGCCGUCGCCGUCGGGGGUUGUUGCGUCUUUCGAGCUUCCUCAUCCUGAGAUCGUCGUCGUACGUCUAUGAAAUAACUCUUGGUUUUACACGCCGGAAGAACAAAAAUAGAAUUGAGAAAACAGGCUAACGAUCGAGAUAAUCAUCCGACGUUGAUAGCGUUCAAAGGAAUGGGGUUAUCGAAGCGCGAGGAAGGUGCUAACCAGUGAAAAUGAGAGUUGAACGAGGAGGAGAAGUUCGCCGUUGUCGAAUUUGAGAAAGGAACGAUGAAGAAAAUUGAUCGAUUAGUCGAUCGAUCGCGCGUACAACAGUUCCUUCAGAAGUUUCGGACAUAUAUAUAUAUAUGUAUAUAUAUAUAGUACAUUUCGUUCUUUCUUCCUUUGUUUUCUUUCUUUUCUUUUUUCUCUUUUUUCUCUUUUUUCUCCGAUUAUCUUCAUCACCUUGUGGAAUCGUGGUGCGUUAAUCGGGGCAUAAAGGAUAAAUGAGAUCAGCUCGCAUCGAUGGGGAUCUCGCAUCGUUGGAUCUUCAUUCUGACGACGAUCUUUUCUUUGAUGCGUCAUGCCGCAAACGGGAAGGUAACCUGUCGCGAGAUACAAUUCCCACGCGAUUGCGAAGUACUCUGUAGCACAAGCCAAACUGGGAUCAUCUCAUGUGAGCUACGAGUAGCCGUUAUAUUGCCUGCUGAUCCGAACUUCGAGAUAUCGUUGCCUAAAGUUUUACCCGUUCUCGAUUUGGCAGUUUACGAAGCCAGAGCUCGCAAUCUGCUGCCGCAUUGGUUGAAUCUCACGUUUUUACCUCAGGACGACCACUGCGACGCGAUGUACGCACAAGUCUGUUCGAUCGAUAGUUACUUGAAUUGCGUGCACCUCUUUCUCGGACCGGCUUGCGAUUAUUGCGUCGCCGUCGUCGGAAGAGCAGUCAAAUUUUUAGGCGCUCCGUUGAUUACCACAGGGGGAUUUACUUUCGAUUUUACAGAGCAAAAGAGGGAAUGCAAGGACGAGUACUUUAUGACUACACGCGUUGGGAAUUUGGCUUUUCGGGAUAUAGCGCAGUUCUUGAUAGCUAUCAUAAAUUAUUACGAAUGGCGAAAGGUCCAUUUGUUUUAUGCGACGAAUGGACAAAUUCAAGUUGGCGGAAGGCAUUGUUGUCAAUUAAUGAUGAAAUCCAUGGUCGAGUAUCUUAAGAAGAAGCCUAAUUUUACAUUUGGCACUUACGACAUUGAAACUGCCACGUCGGUGGAUUAUUUGGAAGCUCUUAAAGUACACGUCGGCAAUUCUUACGGUGUCGUAGUCAUGUGCGCAAAUUCUACCACCAUACGAGAGAUAUUGCUCGCAGCCGAGGAACUCGGAAUGGUUGAUUCCGGAGAAUAUGUAUUUUUCUCGAUAGAGCUUUCAUCUAGCGACAACAAUUCCAUAGAACCAUGGAAAUUGGAGGGCGACACGGAUGAGAGAAACGAGAAGGCGAGAAAAGCGUACCAAGCACUUUUGACUGUAACCGCACGGACUCCUGACGAUCUUGAAUAUUUAAAUUUCUCGCGUGAAGUUAAAUCGUUGGCACAAAGCAAAUACAAUUUCACCUUCGGCAAUAGUUCCGUUUCGACGUUCGUCACGGCCUUUUACGAUGCCGUUCUUCUUUAUGCUCUCGCGCUUAAAGAGAGCCUACCGGAAAAGCCUACCGGUGAGGUUGAUCUUGAUGGCGGCAAUUUAACGAGAAGAAUGUGGGGUAAAAGUUUCAAAGGUAUAACCGGAGACGUGAAUAUCGACGAGAAUGGCGAUAGAAUCGCGGAUUAUUCCCUUCUGGACAUGAAUCCGGAAACUUCGAAAUUCGAGAUCGUUGCCAAUUAUUACGGUGCUAACAAAACUCUGGACUAUAUAAAGGGAAAACAGAUUCAUUGGUCCGGCGGAAGACCGAAACCACCCCCCGAUACUCCAACUUGCGGAUUCGAUGGAUCUCUAUGUCCGGAUAAUUCUCUCCCAGGAUACGCCAUUCUCUCGAUAGUUUUGAGUUCGAUCGUGGUCGUUCUGGUUGUGGGCUCGGUAUUUAUUUAUCGUCACUUCAAACUAGAGGCUGAAAUCGCUUCUAUGACGUGGAAAGUACACUGGGAAGACAUCGUCUGGGUACCUUACGCGAGGACUAGAGGCUCGAUGUAUUCGUUAAUUGCCAACAAGUUACGUAAUAGCCAACUUAGCGUAUACUCCGAUGAUAACGUUAGUCUACCAGAGGGUGUGGACAAGCACGUCUAUAUUCCAACAGGAUUUUACAAGAACUCAAAGGUGGCUAUAAAAUUAAUACCAAGGAACAAAGUGGAAAUGUCGAGGCCUUUAUUGCUCGAGUUAAAACGGAUGAAAGAUCUACAGCACGAUCAUUUGGUCCGUUUCUAUGGUGCUUGCGUCGAUCCACCCCAUUGUUGUCUAUUGACGGAAUAUUGUCCUAAAGGAUCCCUUCAGGAUAUACUUGAAAACGAACAGAUUAAACUCGAUCGUUUGUUUCGCGGCUCUUUGAUACACGAUAUAGUACGUGGGAUGGCCUAUUUACACGCUUCCGAGGUCAAAAGCCACGGGAAUUUAAAGUCGAGCAAUUGCGUCGUGGAUUCGCGAUUCGUCCUAAAAAUCGCCGAUUUUGGUCUUCACGAAUUGAGGAGGUCCGGACUCAUGGAAGAGGAAUUCGACAAAAGCAGUUACGCUUAUUGGAGACGACAAUUGUGGACGGCGCCAGAGUUGUUGAGAAUGGAGAGGCGACCACCGGAAGGUACUCAAAAAGGUGACGUUUAUAGUUUUGGAAUAAUCGUACACGAGAUCGUCGUUCGUAAAGGUCCUUUCUAUUUGGGAGAAAAUUACGAUCCACCGCCUAAUGAAAUCGUCGAGGGUGUCAGGAAAGGGGGUAGUUCACCUUUAAGACCUGUGAUCGACGAGAGCGCCGUGGAGGAGGAGGUAGCCACAUUAAUGAGACGAUGUUGGGCGCAGGAUUCAGCCGAUCGACCUGAUUUUCCCGCGCUAAAGCAAACCAUACGCAAGAUCAACAAAGAUUACGAGAGUAGCAAUAUCCUGGAUAAUUUGUUGUCUCGUAUGGAACAAUAUGCGACGAAUUUAGAGACCUUGGUCGAGGAACGAACUGCGGAUUACUUCGAGGAGAAACGCAAAUGCGAAGAGCUACUGUACCAGUUACUGCCAAAAUCCGUCGCAUCUCAAUUGAUACUCAGUCAAAGCGUGAUCGCCGAAACUUACGAUCAAGUAACAAUAUACUUCAGCGACAUCGUCGGUUUCACCAGUCUAUCGGCCGAAAGUACACCUCUUCAAGUAGUCGACUUGUUGAACGAUCUCUACACAUGUUUCGACUCCAUCAUCGAAAAUUUCGACGUUUAUAAGGUCGAGACGAUAGGAGACGCUUACAUGGUCGUAUCCGGAUUACCAAUGAGAAACGGUACGAAUCAUGCAAGGGAAAUAGCGAGGAUGAGUUUGGCACUAAGGGACACCGUCAUGACUUUCAGAAUCCGUCAUAGACCAGAGGAAAAAUUGAAACUUCGUAUAGGAAUGCAUUCCGGACCAUGCGUAGCGGGUGUGGUUGGUUUGAAAAUGCCGAGGUACUGUCUAUUUGGUGAUACGGUCAAUACGGCAUCUAGGAUGGAAAGUAACGGUGAAGCUUGGAUGAUACACGUUAGUCCAAAGACGAAAGAGAUAUUGGACACUUUUGGAACAUUCGAUCUCGUUUGCAGAGGAGAGGUAACAUUAAAGGGUAAAGGUACGAUGACGACGUAUUGGUUGAUGGGUGAAAAGCCAAUCAACAAUAAUAUUAAACAAACAAAUACAGCUCAAUCAACCGCCCAACUUCCGUCAGUCCCUAAUGAAUCAGUGUCGCAGCAGCACCAGCAAAUACAACCGAUGAAAAAUCAAUCGAUUCAAACGAAAAUCGAAUCGAAGGGCCAAACUCACGCUACUCAGUCGAAAAUUCAGUCUAAAGUGGAACCGCCUCAAGCUCAUUAUGUAUCAGUUAAAGAUCUUUCGCAAAAGAAUCAACCUCAGCAACAACAACAAAAAGCACAGCAUCAGCAAGAGAAACCACAACAGCAACAGCAACAACAACAAAAACCACAGCAUCAACAGGAGAAACCACAACAGCAACAGCAACAAGCAAAACCACAGCAGCAGCAGCAGCAACAAGCAAAACCACAGCAGCAGCAGCAACAACAAGCAAAACUACAGCAGCAGCAGCAGCAACAACAAGCAAAACCACAGCAGCAGCAGCAACAAGCUAAACCACAGCAGCAGCAGCAACAACAACAAAAACCACAGCAACAGCAGCAACAACAACAGAAACCACAACAGCAACAACAACAGCAGAAAGCACAGCAGCAACAACCACUACAAGCGUCGUAUCAAAGUAAUCAAAAUCGAAUACAUUUUGAUAGCAGUAAUUGCAACAUCACGGCCACCGGAAACGGAGCACCUGCAGGUCGUGUGACAUCAAGCAGUGUCGUUUCGCCAGCUCACGUACGUUCAGUUCCAGCACAACCAAAUCGACAGGCUUAUACUUACUCGACGGAAAGUAUGCCGAAUCACACCGAGAGUGGUCCAAACACGCCCCUUCUUUUACCCGCAGACUCGGCGCCUCGAAUUUAGCUCUCUUCGUGCGUCUCUUAUACCGAGUUUGAAAGCUCGUUGACAAGAAUCGAGUAUGAUUCUACGGAUAUCCUGCCAUCUAAUAAUAACCAAGGAAAAGACUAAUUCUUGAAUAAAAAGGAAAAAAAGAAGCUCUUGCUAUCGCGAAUCGGUCCAGAUAUCAAAAUAGUUAGUGCACGUUCUUGCAUUUCUAUAAGUUUACAAUAGAUGGUGAGAUAUCGCGUAGUGCGAACGAGUGGUGCCAUUGCCGAACAGUUAGAUCGACGGUAAGUCGAAUUAUAAUAUGUAUACAUAUGUAAUAAGACAAAGUGAUCUCUUUCUAGAUGGUAUUACAGAACCAAUAAUAAAGUCAAUGGUGAUGCAUCUGACUAUAUAAAUCACCUGAUUUUUCCAAAGCUAUGUUAUAUUACGUACUCCUAUGAGACCGAUGACUUGUUUUAGAGAAAACAAAAAAACGAAGAAAGAGAAGAAAAUAGAGAAGAAGAAGCACCUCCAUUUAAUAUAAGUAGGUAUUCGUGGAGAGGUUGACCUGAAGGGCCCCUGGAUAGCUUAAUGGUUAGAAUAGCUGCCCCAAAAAGCGGAAGGCCCGCGUUCUUGAGUCCUGCUCCAGAUUACAUGACGGCCCUACUUUUUUACGAAUCCUACGUAUAUAUAUAUAUAUAUAUAUCUACAUUGGGCGAAUGAUUCAGUAUUCAAUACCGAUUAGCCCGAAUCGACCAGUAUUAGACAAGGUGCUGUUAACGAGAAAGUGCGUACGACGAAGUGGAGAAAAAAAAGAUUAAGUAAGUUUUCUCGUAUAAGCGAUAAAUUACUCAUAUUUCUUUUUACGGACGAAAAUCUAGGACGCGCGUUUUGUUCAUUGUUUUAAUUACAUCAAAGUAUUCACAUCUCUUAGGAUUAUUACUUUUUCGUCGUCUUUCUAAACCGUAUUUUUUAAAGCUUUGCCGAAAGAAAUCUUAAACGACUACACUCAACAAGUAUAUUCUUUUCCUUUUUUUUUUAGUUUUAUGCCAAAAAAGAGUAUGUCCUUGUGUAUGUGUGUUGCGCCUGUGUGUGUGUGAAAGAAAGAGAGACAGAGAGAGAGAGAGAGAGAGAGAGAGAGAGAGAGACAUAGGACCAAAUUAACUUCGAUCUGCUGCUAUCCUUAAAGUUUCAUGGAGAUAUCAUUUUCCAUUCAUUAUAAAGGGUAACACGAAACAAAAUGGAUGGUAUAAGUGCGUGGCGAGACGAAUGAAAGGGUGAACUUUGUCGUUAACGUUGUACAAGAGAGAAUCAAUAAUGAAUUUAUUCCAAAGUUAUAUACAUAUAACUUAUAUAUAUAUAUAUAUAUAUAACUUUGAAAUUAAGAAAAGAAAAUAUCCACUUGAGUUAAUUGCGAUGGGAUAACGAGAGAUAAGUAUAUAUAUAUAUAUAAAAAUAUAGCUAUAUCUAUAUAUGUAUACACGGUCUAACACACAACACACAUAAUAUGUGUGUAUAUAUAUACAUAUGUGCGUGUGUGUGCGUAUAUAUAUAUGUGUUUACAAAGAUGUUACGAAGAAAUAGAUUAUAUGUCUGUGAAAAGUUAGACAGUAUAGAAGCAUCGAUGUUCAGCAAGCAAUUUCUAGCGAGAAGAGGCUGGGCCUCUCGUGAGUAUGUUAUAAAAAAGGAAACAGAUGAAGAGAGUAAGAGCGAAAGAGAGAGCGAGUGUGUUUGUGUACGUAGGAUUAUAUGCAUGAGAGAAAGAACGUAAAUAAGUAAGUACAUAUACAUAGAAUGCGUACGAGCGUUAGUAUGUACGUAAUAUUUUGUGUGUGACUCGAGAGAGCGAGCGUGUUGCGUCGGUCAGUCAAUGAGACUAUGCGCGUGCGACGAGAACAGAGGGGUCAAUCGUUUCUUGGCUUCUCGUAUAUAAGAAACGUGACAAAAGAAAGCAAGGAAAGCGAACGAGCUUAUCGUGUAUGUAUAUUGAAUAUAUCAUGUCGUAAGAAAUAAAAAUUAUAUUUAUGUUCA